CCACAGAGGUGGGGUUUCUCAACCACAACCUCUGUGUCUGGUAGUUGCAGACAGAAACAGAAACAGAGUUAGAAAAAUGUGAUUCUUGCGCAGGAAAGUUGGAACAGACGAGUUCACAAGUGGGCGGGUGUGUGCUUAAAAAAAAAAAAGAGAAACAGAAAGGGUGGAAACCCCACCAGCCAAGUCUGCAGAAAAAAAUACACGCAGCCUGCCUAUCUGGGGCCGGGGCCCCUCCCCUCGGGCCGCGCGGGAGCAGUGUGACACAGGUGCCGCUUCCUCCCGCCGCCCAGGCUCGGAGCGGCCGAGCGCGACCCUCGCCACCCUCCGCGCGCCCCUCGGCCGCCCGGGCCGCGCCCAGCACCCCCGGCGAUGAACAGCCUCAACGACACGUCGCCGCCCGGCCGCGAGCCCAACUCCCCCUGGAUUUCCUUGACGCAGAGCCAGACAGACAUCGCCAUCAUUUCAGGUGUGAUCACCACUGUGGCGGUCGUCCUCAUCUGCCUCCUUGUCAUCAUGCUACGCUACGUGUACCGGCAAAGGGGCACGUACCACACCAACGAGGCCAAGGGCACAGAGUUUGCUGAGAGCGCAGACAUGGCCCUGCAGGACGACCCGUCCCUCCAGGAUGCCGGUGACAGCAGCAGAAAGGAAUACUUUAUCUGAGGGGCACCAGACCUCACCUCCCCCAGUGCCUCCUCCACCUCCAUGGGAGAAAAUGCACCCCGCCACCCCACCCCGCCACCUGCACCCCCAGGCAGGCCGCGACAGCACCCACCUCCUCCCGAGAUUUGCGCCUGGCCUGGGAACACAAUGUGCCGACCCAGGAAGGAGGGACAAAAGGAGGAGGAGGAAUUGAGCCAGGAGAGGCCUCUCCCAGGGACCCAGGGACGCAGUGGCCACCCAGGAUGCUGGCAUUUUCCUUGCCAGAGAAAGUCUGGGUCCUCCUGGGCAGCAUAGUUUGCCAUCUGAGUGGUAUGAAAGUCCUCGCUGGGUGUGAGCCGGGUGGGUGGGCCUGGGGCCGGGAAGCGAGGCCGUGAGUCAUCAGGACGCUUACGGGGGAAAUGGCAUCAAAUGUCAGGGCUUGACAUUUGGGGGAGCAGCAGGUGCUGGAGCUCAAAGGCACCUCUGCCUCCCAUCGAUCCAGCUCUAAACGAUUGGAAAUAAAUUGGAGACGUAUGUGGGCAUUCAGA